AACGAACAGGUCGCUUCGCAAAUUUAUCAUUCUCGUAUUGAUACUGCAAAUAUGACCACGAUGAUACUUAUUCUCUUGGCAGCGUUGGCCACAGCUAACGCCGCUUCGUUGACCCUGGACCUGGAUCCUAGGAUCGUGAACGGUGAAAAUGUGAAAGCAGGCGAAAUUCCAUACCAGGUAUCUCUGCAAACUCAAGGACGUCAUUUCUGUGGUGGGUCGGUACUUAAUGCAAACUACGUCCUCACAGCAGCUCACUGCGUCGAGAACCAAAAAGCUGAGAAUAUCGACGUUAUCGCUGGAACCAUAAACCUGCAAAGUCGGCCCUCGGUGCAUAAAGCUGAGAAGAUUGUCAAACACGAAAAAUACAAUCCGUCUAAUAACUGGAUCAACGAUAUCGCGCUGAUCAAGGUAAAGACACCAUUCGUGCCAAGCUCACAGAUAUCUUUCGUGCCUCUACCAAGACUAAACGAAGCUGUCUCAGCUAACUCAGUGGCUGUAGUAUCAGGAUGGGGCAGACUCCGAUCUGGUGGACCAACUACCAAUCAACUCCAAAAGGCACGCAUCUACAUCACAGACCAGAAUGUCUGCAAAAAGGCUUACGGAAAUAUUUUCGACACGCAAAUCUGUGCCAAUUAUCCAUCAAACGAGAAAGGAGCUUGCCAAGGUGACUCUGGCGGUCCUCUCACAGUUAAUGGAAAAAUCGUGGGAAUUGUGUCUUGGUCGAGAGGAUGUGGUCUCCCUAACUACCCAACUGUCUACACUCGCGUUCCAUCUUACGUGUCUUGGAUUCAACAGCAUGCAGUCUAAUAAGUUGAGAAUACUACAAAGUAUACAAUACUGAUUUCCAACAGAGUACCAAUUAAAAAUGCAAAAGUAUAAUCGAUCCAACAAUUACUUCGAUCUUCCUUCCUCGACGUCCACGGAUUCAGAAACUCGUCGUU